AUGAAGCGUGUUUUCAAAGUCUCCAUCAAAGACCCUCAACAUAUGCCGCCUACAUGCUGCACGGAAGAUCCCAUUCCAGUGAAGCAUGUGGAUCGGCUCUUCGACACAAGUUUCAAGAAGAUGUGGAAUAAGAAAUUUGCUGAGUACUCGACACGCAAUCGCAUCUAUUGCCCAUCGAGGAGAUGCGGCGAAUGGAUUAAGCCUAAUCGCAUCAAAAAGCUGAGGGAUGGUCGGAAGAUUGCUGAGUGCGGCCGCUGCCAGCAAGAAGUGUGCUGUGCCUGCAACGGAAAGUGGCAUCGAGCAAAAGACUGCCCCGGAGAUACGGCAACGAAUGAGAUCUUGGAGCAGGCCAAGGAAUUCGGGUGGCAGCGCUGCUAUGGUUGCAAGGAAAUGGUUGAACUAAAGGAAGGAUGCAACCACAUGACAUGCCGCUGCGGCACAGAGUUUUGUAUGAUAUGUGGGGCGAAAUGGAAGAGCUGUGAAUGUCCUUGGUUCAAUUACGAAACUGUCGACAGCGAUCAGCUCGGGCACAUGAACAGUCCAACCCACAGCCGUACAGAACGUGAUCGGCAGCCGACUCGCGAGAGCCGCGGUCACAGCAGGCGAGAACGAACCCCCAGGGCGUAUGACGAUGAACUUAGCUUGCGGCGGGUCCAGGAACGACGUGACGAAGAAUAUGCUAGACAGCUACAGUACGAAGAUGACGACGACGAUAAUGAUGACGACGACGACGACGACGAUGACGAUUUUACUGAGAGGUAUGGUGACAUCGUUGGCGUCGGGAAUUCGGCGGGCCAUUUCAUGAAUGAUGACUACAGAAGAGCACCACGAGUUAUACCAGCGGCGCCUUCACCACCGAUGCAGGCGGUGGACAGAGCCAAUGCUGGUGAUUAUGUGACGGGCGUCAAUAAAGCACGAGGUGUACGUGCAAGUUCCAUGGAGAGACGACUGGCCGAUAGGUUUUCAGAUACCCGACAUGGAACGAGUCCUACGCACCGAUCUGGCAUGAGUUCUCCGCCGCCUCCUCCGCCAAUGAGCGCUCCAUUCAUGAUGCCGCCGCGUGCACAUACGAUGGACGAAGACAUGAUGUAUGGCAGCCCGGAUAUGUAUAGUAGUCCACCAAGGUCAAGACUAUCCGAACGGAUCGCUCCUGGACGUGGUCGGGCUGAUUACGAAGCUGAGCCCACCUCGUACACAUACACAGUCCCUAGACAGCGCAGAGAGCGAGAACGAGAGCGAGAACGGGACCCUCCCAAAGACUCUGCUCUUGCCGGGCUCACAGGGCCAGGAAGUGGGAUGAACCGUGUUCAUGAAGUCGUAUUUCCGCCAAGUGAGAGUGAUUCGUCACACCUCCAAACGAAGGGUCUGAGUCAUGGUUUUGGCUCUGGGUUACGUCUAACGAGUUAUUAUGAUUUAUGGUUCUCUUCUGGUUCUGGGUUGAUUUUGCGAAAUAUGAUGACUGACCUCAGGGACCGACGUCAUCUUAAUCGAGUACAAUCAUCCCGCCGCGCAAUCCAGAGAUCCCUGUCAAGGCCUCUCAGUCCCCCAGAGGAAGUGUCAGGCGAAGCAGACAUGCUGCUCUUACACCAGGUCGGCUCCGUCAAGAUCGGCGAAGUCGUGCGCUACACAGUCACCUACACACCGUCACACGACCGCAUCUUGCCCUCGCCUUCGGCCCUACACCUGCGCAUUCGCAACACCUCAGCCAUCGCCCUUCGUGCCGCCUUCGUUCACGGUCCUUACAGUCUCGACGUCGCCGCUUACCCUGCUAAUUACGACCCGAACGAGAAGUUUGCCGACCCCCGCAAGUAUGGCGUGCCCGAGUUCGAGCCCAUGCUGAAAGCUGGCGGCUCUUGGACCUGCCAGUUGGUAGUACCCGAGGAUAUAAGAGAAAGCGCAGGGUUAGGGGCCUCAACAGGCCACUUUGGAAGUGGGCAGGAAUGGGAGGAGCACAACAGCGUGACCUGGGUUGUCGAGGUGGCGAGCCAGGUCAUCUUCUCCAAUUCUGCCGCAGUAGGGUACGAGGUUCUGCUUGCGCGCGAUGAGAAGAGUCUACAACUGGGCAACAGCAGUACUCCUGUCCUGGGCGGCAACCAGGCGCAAGUCCCACAGCCCGGAAGAGUCAGCGAUCAUCAACAAUCUAGGGGAGCCAAAGACGGGCAUCAUCCGGCGCAAAUGAAGGGCAUCUUCUCGCGCGCUGUCACGCUCAAAGUCGAAGACACGGCGAGUUUAUGGAACACACCAAAAUUGCCCGGCUGGGAUGAGUGGGAGCAUAAGAAUUAUGGCAAGGGAGGACCAACGUCAACGGAAGCCGCGGGGCCACCGAAAAAUGCGGAUGAGGAUCGGUUGAAGAAGGCAAAAGAGGCCGAUCAGGUCAAAAGCGGCAAGAAGAAACCUGCGAAAGUCCAUCUUGUCGUCCUUACGCAUGGGCUGCAUAGUAAUUUGGGUGCUGAUAUGUUGUAUAUGAAGGAAAUGAUUGAUGCAACAGCGAGACAGGCUCAAGUCGACUCAAAAGAGAGGAGGAGGAAAGAGAAGGCAGGGCGGACAGCGAAAACCAGCGACAGUCCGGCUCAUGGACCUGAGGACCAGCAUGCGGAUAGAGGUCUAGGGCCGGAAAUAUCGCACGAAGAGGAAGAAGAAUAUGACGAUGAAGAGGUUAUCGUCAGGGGCUUUUCAGGAAAUGCUACACGUACAGAAAGGGGUAUCAAAUUUCUGGGCAAGCGAUUGGCACGAUUCGUCCUCUCGAUGACAUAUCCCGACCAACCAUUCUUACCUACCGUCAAGACGGCGGCAGAAAGUUUAGCCAGUGCUUUCAAGACCGAGUCGGACAGGGACAAAGGGGACAAGCCAGCGCAUAAGCACAGUACAAUACAUCUGCCGAAGCAUCACGAACCAGAUCGAGCAUUUCAGAUUACUAGUAUAAGCUUUAUUGGGCACUCCUUGGGCGGUCUUGUACAAACCUAUGCGAUAGCAUACAUACAGAAACACUCGCCUCAGUUUUUCGACCUCAUCCGGCCAAUUAACUUCAUCACGCUUGCUUCCCCACUGCUUGGUCUCAGCAAUGAAAACCCGCUCUACGUCAAGUUCGCUCUGGACUUUGGACUGGUGGGCAGGACGGGUCAGGAUCUCGGUCUCACGUGGAGAGCUCCCACAAUGGUCAGAAGCGGAUGGGGCGCCCUCGUCAGUACUUUGGGUGAAAGCGCACAUAAAAAGGUAAUGGGAGAGGUUCAGCCUGAGUCUAAACCUCUCCUAAGAAUUCUACCCACAGGGCCAGCACAUGUGGCGCUAAAGAGGUUCAGGAACCGGACCUUGUACUCGAACGUAGUAAACGAUGGCAUUGUACCCCUGCGUACCAGUUGUCUGCUUUUUUUGGAUUGGCAAGGACUUGGGCGAGUUGAGAAGGCCCGGCGUGAGGCAGGCCUGAUGGAGUCUAUAAUUGGAGCCGGAUGGGCUGAGCUGACAGGCGCGAAUGUCACCUCUCCUCGCAAAGGUCAGUGGAUGCCCGACGAAGUCGACCAUGCGCCAGCUCUGCAGGUCCCGCCAUCGCAGACAGCGAACACGUCUGGGGCAAAUACUCCUCCCGAGCAUGCUACAGAGGUACCUCAGCCUGCUGAGAACGCGACCAUUGAGGACGAUAGACAAAGCCUCAACCUUGCGAGUCCUUAUCAGGAGAUUUCUCAGCCACCUCCGUCGACUGCUGAAACACAGGGUUAUGCAGGGACGUUGUCGGGCUUCUUCAAUUACUUUAAACCAAAAGAGGCGUCACCAUCCCCUGCAACGAAGUCUCCACGUCCCAGCUCAUCCAAAGACUCAAAAGUCUUCAAGCGCAGCCAGACUCUCAAACUAGAGACCGAAUCAGUCAAUUCUAGCAAGUCAAAAGCCUCAACAGGAAAUGACUUGGAGGCUGGUCAGCAGAUUGGCAUGACUGCCCCUCCUCGUACUACCUUCUUCGAGUCGGCUGGUGACAUAUUAAAUCCCAAGCUGCCGCCUAUGGAGUACCUUCUUGAUCCGUCGAAACGCCCCCGUACAAUCUUUCAUGAUCGGGUUUACCACCCUUCGGACAUCCCUUCUCCGCCUCUCAAGAAACGGCCCACAGGAACGCUGGCAAUGCGUAAGAAGUCUUCUUCGCGGAUUGUAUCGUCGUCAAAAACCAAAUCGUCCAAUCAAAUCGAGCGAAAUGACAGCUCAUCCUCCUCACCAUAUCCGACGCCGAAUCCCGGUGUUGCCCAUCAGGAUUCUACUCUCUCAACUCGGGACUACGACGACCUCCUGCAUACAAGUCCUGAUCAUGAUCCCAACCAAAUCAUCGAUAGUUCGAACAUGAGUGUAGAAGAAAAGAUAGCUCGAGCUUACCACAAAGGUUUAAGCUGGCGAAAGGUGCUUGUUAAACUUGAACCGGAUGCACACAAUAAUAUCAUAGUCCGCCGCAAGUUCGCCAAUGCUCAUGGCUGGCCCGUGGUGAAGCAUCUGGUCGAUGCCCACUUUAGUGAUGCCGCUGCCGCGCGGAUACCAGACGACAAGGAGCACAGCGAAGAGCGUGCAAAGCCAAUGCAUAAGGAUGCUGACAAGACAGGCGCUGAGACCAAUACACAAACGCAACCACAGGAUCGUACCAAGAUCGAUGAUGAUGCUUCUCGAACAACAGGAGAUGAUAAGGUGCCCAAUAUCCUGCACCAGCCGCGCGAUCCUGUAUACACACCUUCGGAAGCUCGUGAAGCUGAAGACGCCGUAUCUGAACUGCCGAACCCCAGUGCGCCAUCCUUGCACAGCGCUAUAUCGUAUGAGCCCCAAGGCUCCCCGGGGUCUCCUCCCCGUCCGAGCUAUGAUAGGCUUGAUUCCAUGACGUGGAGCGAUCGAGACUGGGCCGACAGUGGGGACGAGAGUGAAGAUAUGGAUCAACAAUCCUCCUUCGGUAGUAAAGAGAUGUCAAACGAAGAUAAGGGCAAGGAGAUCCAAAGAUCUAGGAGUCCGGCAUGGAAUUGGACCGAAAAGAUUGUGGGCAAAGGGCCUAUCAAAGCAAAACAGAACCCGGACCAAGUUGAUACCAACAAUCUGGUCGCAGAAGGGGACACUACGCCACGGCCAUAA